GGUGCCGAAAAGAUAGGAACAGCGUUAUUUCUCGCUCACGUUCUAAAACCCCUACGGCUAAAAUCUCCGGCGGCGCGUUCACUGACAGCCUGACAAUUAUCCGAAAAUGAAGGAGGAGAAGAAGCUAAUAGCCCUAGGGUUCGAGGGCUCCGCCAAUAAAAUCGGCGUCGGAGUGGUGGCGCUCGACGGCUCAAUCCUAUCUAACCCUCGCCACACCUACAUCACUCCGCCGGGGCAGGGCUUCCUCCCCCGCGAAACCGCCCAGCACCACCUCCAGCACGUCCUCCCUCUCAUCAAAUCCGCCCUAGACGCCGCCGGAGUAGCCCCCAAGGACAUCGACUGCCUCUGCUACACCAAGGGCCCCGGCAUGGGCGCGCCCUUACAGGUCUCCGCGGUGGUCGUCCGCGUCCUCUCCCAGCUCUGGAAGAAGCCAAUCGUCGCGGUGAACCAUUGCGUCGCGCAUAUUGAGAUGGGCCGGAUCGUUACCGGCGCGGUUGACCCCGUUGUGUUGUACGUCAGCGGAGGGAAUACUCAGGUCAUAGCUUAUAGCGAAGGGAGGUACCGAAUUUUCGGGGAGACCAUUGAUAUCGCUGUUGGGAAUUGCUUGGACCGGUUUGCUAGGGUUCUCAAAUUGUCCAACGAUCCAAGCCCUGGGUACAACAUUGAACAGCUUGCAAAGAAAGGAGAAAAGUUCAUUGAACUUCCAUAUGUAGUAAAAGGGAUGGAUGUUUCAUUUAGUGGGAUCUUAAGCUAUAUUGAAGCCACCACUGAAGAGAUGCUAAAAAAUAAUGAGUGCUCCCCUGCAGAUCUUUGCUACUCUUUACAGGAAACUUUAUUUGCAAUGCUUGUGGAGAUCACUGAGCGGGCCAUGGCACAUUGUGACACGAAAGACGUAUUGAUUGUUGGUGGUGUGGGAUGCAACGAGCGAUUGCAAGAGAUGAUGAGAACUAUGUGCUCCGAGAGGGGUGGCAAAUUGUAUGCAACUGACGAGAGGUACUGCAUUGACAAUGGAGCGAUGAUUGCAUAUACCGGUCUCCUAGCUUAUGCUCAUGGAGCUUCGACUGCAAUGGAGGAAUCCACAUUCACGCAGAGAUUCCGAACAGAUGAAGUGCUGGCAGUUUGGAGGGAGAAGGAAUCAACCAAUACCAGCAAUACUACUGAGGUUAGCAUCUAACCAGGCAUUUGGAGUUCAAGGCUCCCACUAUUUUCUUUGUCUGUAAUUGCUUGAUAUGAAACAGAGGUUUAAAUUCUCGAGUUUUUAUGUUAUGAUUAGUUUAUAAUGUGCAUUUGUAUUCUAAGUUCAUACUUUUUGAGAUUAUUGAUAACAAAUAUGUAGUAAUUGCAGGGAAAUAUAUAUUCUGGAAAUUCCAAGUACCGUUUUUCUCUGUCUAUGUAACGGUUUGUUCUUUGU